AUGAUCUCGUCGUGCCAGCAGAAGGAACACACAGUCAGCAGGAAUGCACAGGGCGUACUCGUCGUUGACGGCAAAGAGUACGCAAUGGCUGAGGAUCUCGUCGCCACCGAGGCAAGCAUUCAGCGGUCCAUCAAGGCAGUUGCAAAGGAGCUCGCCGACGCCUACAAGCCGCUGUUGCACCGCGAUACCCAUAGCAACAACAAGAGCAUCAUCAGCGACAGCACUGUGCCCAUCAGCGAUGAGAACCCGCUCAUCAUCAUCUCCGUGCUGAAGGGCAGCUACAUCUUCACAGCCGACCUGGUGCGAUACCUUGUCGACUACGGGCUGCCCCACGCUGUGGACUUCAUACGGGUGACGUCGUACAAUGGCACAAACAGCACCGGCACGAUGCAGCUGAUUGCCGAGCCGCGCUUUAAGAACCUGCGCGGCAAGCAUGUGCUCGUGGUCGAAGACAUCGCCGACAGCGGCCGAACGCUGCGGUACCUCGUCGACAAGAUCCAGCGCGAGCACCAGCCAGCGAGCCUUAAGGUCUGCGUGCUCGCCGACAAGCCGGGAGGCCGCGUGGUGCCGGUGCAGCCGGACUACGUCUGUCUGAAGGUGCCCAACAAGUACGUGAUCGGCUACGGCUUUGAGGUGAACGACCGCUACCGCAGCCUCCGCCACAUCUUCACACUCAAGCCGGAGGUGGCGACGCGGUACCCGUCACAGCUGUGA